UCUUCUUUCAAAUUCCCUUUUUCUUUUGAAUGAACCCUUGUUUUUUUUUUUUGAAAAAUCUUUUGCUUUUUAACAGAUCGUAAGCUGAAUUGGGGAUUUAGUUUUAGUGUAUUUCAUAAUGAGCGGAGACAAUUUUACGGACGGGAUACCCAAAGUCCGUCCGGUUCUGUGUGACGUUACAAAUCGAUCAGUUAAGAGAGGUUUUUCUUCGAUUUCGGAAAAGCUAGGGUUUAAUUCUAAGGCAGAUGCAGAUUCCCAAUUAGCAAAACAAGUACGUGUAGGUGCAGAAAAUUUCAUCAAACAGAAAUCUGAAACACCCCGAUUUGAACCAAACGCUAAACUUUUACCUACAUGUAGUGGCGACAUUGAUACUUCAAAAGAGGAUUUAGUUUCGGUCAACGACAAAACCAGUGAGUCGAAAGAAGGGUUCGAAUUGUCUGAUGGUGAGGACACGUUAGAAGGUGAAAGUGUUGCGGAAGUGGGUCGAACAUUGAAUGAGAAUAGUCGGAAUGCGGCUAAAGAUCUGGGCGUCGGUAGAUUGGCUUCGAGCAAAGGUGGGUGCAUCGAGUGGUCGAGGUUGCCUAACUCAUUCUCGCAGUCUUCUAAGUCAUUUGAAUUGGAGAGGUGUGUUGGACUCAAGAAUGAUGGCCGCACAAAUUUGGAUGCCAAUGGUAUGCUCAAAGCUUGCUUUUGUUCUAUUUGCUUGAAAGCUGCUUACAUUUUGUCGGACCUUCAUUAUCAGGAUCUCAAGGGUCGAAUUUCUGUUUUGAAGAAAAGUCAGAAAGAAGCAAGAAUUUUAGUUCAGAAAAGUAGCAAGGGGAAUCAGGCUGAAAUAAGUGACCAGGGAAAUGCCGGUAAAUCUUCAAAAUUAGAGUCCGACCUCACUAGCCAGUGGAGAUCACUCUUUCUUAACAUGGAGGAUAUAUUUGUUACUGAAGGCAACCAGCUUCAAUCCAGUUACACUGCACUGAAAGAUUUGAGGGAGAAUUGCAAGAUUGAUCUAGAGCGAAUAACAGGGAUGCCUUCAGAGAAAUAGAAGUGUGCCUCUGAUGCGUCAUCCGAUUGUUGGUACCCAAAUUCCAGCCAUUUGUUUUUGUUUGUCUGCACCUCUGUAUGCCUUAACAGAUUC